UGCGUUUCAGGCUCACCGAGAAACAGUUCAAAAAGUCCUUUGAAGACUCAAGAUUUGGCUGACGAUUUUCAAGAAGUGGAAUUACAAGCAAAGUUUUCGAUAACGUUGCUCUCGUCUUCGGAUUUCCAACCUAUUAUCCGAUGUCCCGGUAAGUUUUUCGGAAACAGAUUUUUCCUUUGUCGGUAAGAACUGAGUUAUUGCUCAAUUUCGCUCACACAAAAAGCUUAAUUUUCAGGCUUGUUCAGUGUUUUUUUUUAUUAUUUUUUUUGCCUUCUUUUGUCAACAAUACCUUUGACCGAGUAUUCUUGCUUGGUGUCAGUCGUUUGAUACGAAAGAUUGCAUCACAUGACAAAAAACUGAACUCAGUGAAGCGUUGAGGCGAAGAGGCGUUGAGUCAGUAUUCUCUAUGACUAACCUUUAUAGAAAGAAAGCUUUAAACACGAUGAAACUUUUUAAAUAAAUUACCAGUCAAUUAUAAAGCGUUUGAAGCAUAGAGGUUAAGUCACCCCUUACCAAAAAAAAUUCUCAUUUAUUUCUACAGCAGAGACUACGAUGAAGCUGUUCCAGGUUUUGGGUUUUUGAAUGAUAUAUGGAGAGAGAUAGCUCUUCCUUAUGACGAACCAGCGCGAGACACUAGCUUUCAGCGCAACCAAAAUAAGUUGGUAGUCCAAGGCCCAAUCAAUAUAGCUUCUCUGCCACUAAAGCAGUACAAGCCGGAAGACAUUUCAUUCGAUGUGGACGGCGAAAAUAUUAUCUUACACGGUCAGCAUCGAUCAGAGGGAGAAGAUGGAUUUGAGAAUAAUGAGUUUAAAAAAAUUAUUAAGCUGCCAGACGGAGUUGAUCCUACAACGGUAAAGUCGCGUGUAAUCAAAAAUCUAAAAAGUGGCAGCUUUCUGCUCCUUGAAGGCGACAGACGCUUUGAAGAGAAAGCAAAACAAGACGAUGGCAAGUUUGUGACUAAAUUAGAUCUGCGUGGAUUCAAAGCAGAAGAUAUCAAGGUGCAGCUUCGUGGACAUGAGCUUGCAGUCACAGGAAAACACAAAUCAGAAGACCAAGGUUUCUAUUUUUCACGUGACUACAGCCAUCGCGUUUUGUUGCCUGAUGACGCAGACCUUAGUUCAGUGACGUCACGCCUCUCCAAAGAGGGCUUACUAAUCAUAGAAGCGUCUCGUGACCCAGCUCUGUUACCAAAGGAAAAAAACGUGGAAGUCUCCAUGGAAGUUGAUGAGCCACAACCUGUAGACCAGGCCAAAGACGUAACAAGUGGUGAUACAUAG